UUCUGCUCUAUGUGGGGACGCUGGACUGUCUUUCUUUGUCUUAUACUCACCAUGUUAUAUCCAUAAAAACCUUCUCUUUAAACUCCCCCUCUUGGCCCUUCAUCUUAUGAGCAACAAAAUGGAAAAUAUGGAUUGCUUGUGGACUUAUCAAGAGAGCAAUGAUGAUCUGAAGCAGCAGCUCUUGUACAAAAGUAUUGAACUUGAAUCUGUAAAAGCAGAAGCAGAGAAGCAAAUGAAAAUACACAAGGCAUAUGAGAAACAAACACUCCAAUCACUCAAUAUGGUUAUACAAGAAAGAGAUGAGGCCAGAGCACAGCUCUGCUGGCUACUCAACAAGCUCAUCGCUUCAAAUUACAUGACUCCCAGUACUGAAUUCUUCACUAUAGCUCCCCCUCAACUGCCACCUGAGUGCCCCUUUGCGAACCCCAUGAGACCAAUUUUAAGUACAACUGAAUCCAACAGUUUCUCUGGACUAUACAGUUAUCAUUCUCAGGAUUCUUCCCCAGUUAGCUCAGUUUUUGAACCUGUCUCCUCCUCGGAACUUUCAGGCACCUAUGCUGGAGCUUUAAGUAACAAAAUGGCAUUUGUCAAUCAACACAUUGUUCAAGACUAUAAUGGCAUAAGUCCAACCUCUGUUCCUCAUUCAGGAGCUUCGAAAAUUGAUCAAUAUAUUGAUCAUCUUGUCAGUGGAAAAACUCUGCCUCAGAAGGGAAAGCUCUCCCAGUCUGUGCUGGAUGCUGGACCAUUGCUUGAGACGCUUCUUGUAGCAGGGCCAGUCCCUAAGUGGCGUAAUCCUCCCCCUCUUGACACCUUGAAUAUUCCUCCUUUUACUGGCAAAGGUGGUCAUGUCAAAAAUUUCAAUCAAAAGCCAACUGAACUUCUCCAUGCCUCUCCUCAGAAUACCCGAUCAUACGUUGAGAUGCAUUCAGGGUCCCAAAUUACAUCUAAUGCAGUGCUACAGUCUCAAGACGUGGCUUCAGGAUCGUGUUUUGGCAUUGGAAAGGAUAUGUCAAGUGCUCAAGGAAACGAUUCUCUAACAGCUGGCAAAAGACAAAGGUUCCUUUGAUUUUGCAAGAUAGAAAUGUUCACAUUUCUUUGGUUUGAACAGUAGAUAUUUGUUCUGAUGGUUAAAGACUGUAAAGUGAUCAUGGUUCUUCCUGUUUUAAAUGGCAUGGCCUUUUAAGUUGAAUUGUUCAUUUUUAACUCCAUCAUCAAGAUUAAUCUUCUAUUAGCAA